CAUUCUCUCCCAGUCCAACGCCCCGAGUCGGCCACGCCCACACACCCAGCCGCACGCAACGCAGCUAGUACACCGCGCCGCCACCCCCACGCACGACGUCGGCUGUUCGGCACCUCGCACAUCGACACCCUCGUCCGGUGACUGCCCUUUCCCCAACCCCGCUCCGGUCCUCCCAAGAUUUAUCAGGGCUCAUCCCUGCUCGUGGAUUCAAGAUGUAUCUCCAGUACUACAUCAACGAGAAGGGAGACAAGGUUUACACCACCAAGAAGGAGUCGCCUCUUGGGGUACCAACGCAGUCUGCUCACCCGGCUCGCUUCUCACCAGAUGACAAGUACUCUCGCCAGAGGUACCUGUUGAAGAAAAGAUUUGCACUUCUGCCAACCCAGAAGCCAGCACCGAAGUACUGAAGCCUCAAGCCCUCAACUGUCCAACCACGGAUGUUCAGGAGAAAAACAUCUGUUACUCUGCUUGUUGGUUGGAAUGUACUGUAGAGUAGCUAUCUGAGAAGAAAUUAAACACUGCCGAUGCACUACUAUGAUAUUUCAGCAGCACAUUCAGACACAAUAUGUAAUGCUAUGUGAUUGGCAGAUGGUGCUUCCUAAGUGUGUCUCGUUUGGGCAUCCUACUGUCGUUCAGCAGCUAGCAGGGAGUAGAAACUGAGACGGUUCUGCUGAUAAAUCAGCGAAUGUUUGCUUGCUGCAUACAGUAAGAAAUAAACCGGCAAACUUAGCUGGAUAAGAAAUUAACACUGCUGUUAUAAGUACAACCAAUAGCAAUGGAGGACAUUAUUCAGCCAA